GCCGCGACAAUUUUACCAGAGGUUAUAAGUGAUAUCGUUCCCUUAGAAGAUGGUUACGAAGCGCUGGUGAAAAUUAUGCUUCCACCCGGUCGAAACUCAAGCCACGUUUUUCCAGUACUGCUGAGAGUUUAUGCUGGUCCUACUGAAGAAACAAUGGCUAACGAUCAAUGGACAAAUGAACCACUUUGGAUCGCCCCCCUCGCACUUGGUUAUGCAAUAGUGACGAUCGACGGGCGCGGUUCCACUGGCAGAGGUUGGAAAUACCGUAGUGCAUUCUAUGGCGCGCUAGGCACGGUGGAGAUUCAAGAUCAGAUAGAUGGCAUACAAAAAGUUAUUGCCAAAUAUCCAUUCUUGGAUGAUACGCGGAUUACUGUCUCAGGAUGGUCAUACGGCGGCUACGCUUCUGCUUUGAUUACCGAACGGGCGCCCUUGGGUCUCUUCAAAUGCGCCAUUUCAGUGGCUCCCGUGGCUAACUUCCUCUACUACCACGCUUACUAUACCGAGAAACAUAUGGGGAAUGCAGAUGUCUCUAUAUACAACGAGAACGAUAUCACCAACGACGUGGAAAAUUUUAGGGAGACUCGUUUAUUACUCGUUCAUGGCUUGCAUGAUGAUAAUGUUCAUUUCCAACACAGUGCUCUCUUCAUAGAGGCUCUACAGAAUAAUGGUAUUGAUUUCGAUCUUGUGCUUUAUCCAAAUCAGGAUCACAUGCUACAUGCAGUACAAGGCCAUUUUCUCCGAAAAUUAACUGCAUUUUUGAGCAAUUGCGCCAAACGUGGUUAACAGUGCUUUGCUAAUAUCAGUUGUUAUCAAGCAAAUAUCUCAAAUAUGAAUAACAGUAUACGAC